AUGAAGCUGACUAGUGACAGACGAACAACGAGACGACUGCUGAGCGAACUCCACGACGAGGACCCCGUGAUCCAGGAGCGCGCUUAUGAGGCCUUGUGUCAGCUGGCCGCCAGUAGACCGUCAGUACAUGAUAUGUUGCUACAGGAAUGCGGAAUCGAAGGUCUAAGGUGUGCUCCGGUCGAACAGGUGGGGGGAAUCAAAAUAGCGCCCAAGAUAAAAGCGGGACAGGAAAAUGAAUGCUACAGGUAUGCCACUGAAGACACAAGAUUGCUCAGGCUAAAAGGCUGCAACAUACCGCCUACGCCAGCACACUCAUAUGCGGCCAGAAAGUAUCAGGCCAGAAAGUAUCAGCCCGGAAAGUAUCAGGCCAAACGACCACUUGGGAUAUUCAACAAAGGUCUGCUCAAACCUAUUUGGACAGAGUUCAUUUCAGCUCUGAAGCGGCAAACCAAGCCCCACUUUCUCCACAGCACAAUGGACCAUGUCAAGAACCAAUACCAACAGCCAACACCAAGAGGCUGGAAUCGUACUCACUAG